GACAAAGUACUAAGGAUUUUCGAAGGAAAACAACAAAAUUCGCUUCUCUGUUUAGCUGAAAGAUCAACCAUGGAAUCUACCGCCCUAAGCUCUGCGGCCACCAUCGUCUCUUCGUCGCUAUCCAUCUUCUCUCCAAAGAAGAGAACAAACUCAUCUUCGCCGAGAAUCGUCCGGCUUUCAAAGAAGGACGACAAAGAUUAUGAUCCCAAAUUGGAAUCGGAUUCAUUGAGCCUUGUGCCUCUGUUCCAAAAUCGAACUCUCUCGAAUGAUGAGGCGAUGGGCUUGGUGUUGAGCGCCGCCUCGGUCAGAGGCUGGACCACUGGUUCCGGGAUGGAAGGGCCGUCACUUCCGGGCAAGGCCGAUGCGGAGGAGACGGUUUCAACAUUUCCUUGGUCACUCUUCACGAAAUCGCCUCGUAGGCGUAUGCGCGUUGCCUUCACUUGCAACGUUUGUGGCCAGAGGACUACACGAGCUAUUAAUCCCCAUGCUUACACUGACGGCACCGUUUUCGUGCAGUGUUGCGGAUGCCAUGUGUUCCAUAAGCUGGUGGAUAAUCUGAACUUGUUUCAUGAGGUGAAGUAUUAUGUGAGCUCCAGCUCCAACUACCAAGAUCCAAAGUGGGAUGUUGAGGGCUUCAAUCUCUUCCACAUGGAUGACGAUAAUGUUGACGACGACCACGAUGGCAUCUUCCCUCUGUAACUAGUGAUCAAUACUUUGUGCAAACGAGUGUCGUAUAUCUGUAUAUACCUACCUUUAUCCUAUCAUCUCACGUUACAAGUAUCCCACUUCCCAUUGAUAAUAAAUUGGUCAUAUAUAUAUAUGUAUAAUCCGGUAUUGCGUCCUUUGUAUUAGAAUGACUUGAUAUCUAGUACAUAGGACCUCCAGUUUCUUACGAGAUAUUUGGAUUAUGAUAAUGAAGCUUACCAUUUUCG